UGCGUGCCAGCAGGCGGCGAAAACGGCGAAAGGUCCAUGUGAGUAGAAAAAAUAAAAUGCUACUUUUCUGUCCAAGUUGUGGGAAUUUAUUGAUGGUUGAGGAGGACUCCUUGUGCAACAGAUUCGCCUGCCGCAGUUGUCCGUACAUUUGCAAUAUCAAUCGCAAGUUUGCUUUCCGCACGUACCCUAAAUUGAAGGAAGUGGAUCAUGUUAUGGGUGGUGCAGCUGCGUGGGAGAACGUAGAUUCAACAGACGCCGUGUGCCCUCAGUGUAAUCACAGACGGGCUUAUUUUAUGCAAAUGCAAACACGUUCAGCAGAUGAGCCCAUGACCACGUUCUACAAGUGCUGCAAUCAACUCUGCGGACACAAUUGGAGGGAUUAAUUGUGGCCAGAUAUGUUUCACAUGUUUAAGAAUCUAAUCAAACUGAAAAAGUGCCCAAAAAGUGUUGAGAGACAAUUUCAUUCCGAACGUCAAUUGAGGGCCAAAGAAAUGCAAUCCCCAUCAUUGGGGGUGGUCAAUGCUGCCGAUCCCAAUGCCAUAGCACUGGCACGGGAUCUCCUGGCAGCCGGUGAAGUGAUUGCCUUGCCCACGGAUACAGUAUACGGUCUUGCGUGUGAUGCCAACAAUGCCCAAGCCAUUCAGAAGGUUUACGAGAUCAAGGGACGCGAAGAGCGGAAACCGGUGGCAAUUUGUGUGGCAGAAAUUGAUGAUUUUCACCUUUGGGGCUGUGCUGAUCAUCUUCCACGUGAGAUGCUCAAGGAACUCCUUCCGGGUGCCGUGACAAUCGUUGUGGACAAAUCCCCGCGACUCAGCAAUCCAUACCUAAAUCCAGGUAUUAAGAGGAUUGGGAUUCGCAUCCCAGAUGCAUCAUUCAUCCGUGAUAUUUCACGAGCUUUCCGGAUGCCGAUUGCCCUCACCAGCGCCAAUCGUAGCAGUGAACCUAGCUCCCUGACUGUGGGGGAAUUUCAACCGUUGUGGCCACACUUGGGAGCUGUCUUCGAUGGAGGACAGCUGGGAGUGACGGAGGCUCAGAGAGCUGCAUCAACCGUUGUUAAUUUGUCCCAGGUGGGUGUCUACAGUAUCAUUCGGCGUGGUGUGGCCAUGCAGAAGACAGAGGAUGUCCUCAAGAAAUACAAUUUCCGCGAAGACAUUUAAGAAAAUAUGGUGAGAAAAUUAAAGUUUUUGAUGAUUUCGAAUAAACCGAUGAGGCAUUAUUAAAAUUUAA